AUGGCCUCCAACUUCCACAACAUGGCGCAGACGCGCAACAACCCCUUUGCGAGGAACCCCUCCAUGUCACCCGGGCCAGCAGGAGCAGGUCGGCCAAAAUCAGUGGUAUUCCCCUCCUCCUCAACCUCGCCAGCCACGACUACGUCUCCGAAAAUGUCACAUACCCGAAGUCAAUCACAGGCAGUAUUCGGGAAUGCCCUUGUCCCGACCAGCCAGAGUAGCCACGGGAUGGCCCGGCAUACGCGAGAGGGCACCCCUGGAUCCAACACCUUUGCCCCCUCCUUCAUCAAGACGGAAGAGAUGCGUCGGAGCGCAGAUGCCGUCAAAGGCAUUGAGGGGGAGAAUGACUUUUCGGGCAAGCGUUACGUUUGGCUGCAAGAUCCGCAGACGGCCUUCGUCAAGGGCUGGAUCGUGCAAGACCUUGGCGGGAACCGGAUUCUCGUACAAUGCGAGGACGGCAGUCAACGCGAGGUCGACGAGGACAGCGCAGACAAGGUCAAUCCGGCCAAGUUCGACAAGGCCAACGACAUGGCUGAGCUGACGCACCUCAAUGAGGCAUCGGUGGUACACAACCUACACAUGCGCUAUCAAGCCGAUCUGAUAUACACAUACUCGGGGCUGUUCUUGGUGACAGUGAACCCUUACUGCCCGCUGCCGAUUUAUACCAAUGAGUACAUUAAUAUGUACAAAGGGCGGAAUCGCGAGGAGACGAAACCCCAUAUCUAUGCCAUGGCCGACGAGGCUUUCCGCAAUCUCGUUGAUGAAGGCGAGAACCAGAGUAUUCUGGUCACCGGAGAGUCGGGCGCUGGAAAGACAGAGAACACGAAAAAGGUCAUUCAAUACCUGGCCGCCGUCGCGCAGUCCGAAUCUCCCAUCAAGAGCCGGGGCCAACAGCACGCCAACCUGUCAGCUCAGAUUCUGCGGGCCAAUCCGAUUUUGGAGGCGUUCGGAAAUGCCCAGACAGUUCGGAAUAACAACUCCUCGCGGUUUGGCAAGUUCAUCCGGAUCGAAUUCAACAAGGCUGGCUCCAUCGCUGGUGCAUUCAUCGACUGGUAUCUCCUGGAGAAAUCCCGGGUCGUCAGAAUCAAUUCCCAAGAGCGAAAUUAUCAUGUUUUCUACCAACUGAUCAAGGGUGCGGACCGCAAAAUGAAGCAAGAGUUUCAGAUCGACGGCCUCGAUGUGGACGACUUUGCUUACACUCGCGACGGUCACGACACCAUUGUCGGUGUCUCGGAUCGCGACGAAUGGAGCUCGCUCAUGGAAUCAUUCGACGUCAUGGGAUUCUCGGACAAGGAGCAGAACUCGAUUCUGCGCACUGUCGCUGCUGUUCUCCACUUGGGCAACAUCUCAGUCGUCAAGGAGAGUCGAGCGGCCGAUCAGGCCAGGCUUGCGCCAGAUGCCAAAACACACGCAGAAAAAGUGUGUAAGCUGCUAGGCGUUCCAUUAGAGCCCUUCCUGCAAGGUCUGUUGCAUCCCAAAGUCAAAGCAGGCCGUGAAUGGGUAGAAAAGGUCCAGACGCCAGACCAAGUCCGUCUUGCGAUUGACGCCCUAGCAAAGGGUAUCUACGAGCGAGGUUUCGGUGACCUUGUGACCAGAAUCAACCGACAACUUGACCGGAGCGGUAUGGGCAUGGAUGACUCUCACUUCAUUGGAGUGCUCGAUAUUGCUGGCUUUGAGAUUUUUGAAGAAAACAGUUUUGAGCAGCUAUGCAUCAACUACACGAACGAAAAGCUUCAGCAAUUCUUCAACCAUCACAUGUUCGUCAUCGAGCAAGAAGAAUACGCUCGAGAGCAAAUCGAGUGGAAAUUCAUCGACUUUGGCAGGGAUCUUCAACCAACCAUCGACCUGAUCGAACUGCCAAACCCAAUCGGUAUAUUCUCCUGUCUGGAUGAGGAUUGUGUGAUGCCGAAAGCAACCGACAAAACCUUCACCGAGAAGCUCCACUCCCUCUGGGACAAGAAAUCCACCAAAUACCGGCCUUCAAGACUCCAGCAUGGCUUCAUCCUCACUCACUAUGCUGCAGAAGUGGAAUACUCGACGGAAGGCUGGUUGGAGAAGAACAAGGAUCCCUUGAACGACAACAUAACCCGCCUUCUGGCCGCUUCCACGGACAAGCACGUGGCUGCACUAUUCGCCGAUUGUGCCGAGCAAGACGAGGAGACCGGUGGCAUGCGGAGUCGCGUCAAGAAAGGUCUGUUCCGAACCGUAGCCCAGAGACACAAGGAGCAGCUCUCAAGUCUUAUGGCUCAGCUUCACUCUACUCACCCUCAUUUCGUCCGGUGUAUUCUUCCCAAUCACAAAAAGCGACCGAAGCAGUUCAACAACCUACUGGUACUCGAUCAGUUGAGGUGCAAUGGUGUCUUGGAAGGAAUUCGCAUUGUCCGAACCGGAUUCCCGAAUAGGCUGCCCUUUGCAGAGUUCCGCCAACGCUAUGAGGUCCUGUGCCGAGAUAUGCCAAAGGGGUAUCUCGAAGGCCAGGCGGCAGCAAGGAUGAUGCUCGACAAACUGAAGCUUGAUAAGCAGGACUUCCGGGUUGGUCUCACCAAGGUUUUCUUCCGUGCCGGCGUCCUAGCAGAGCUGGAAGAGCAACGAGAUGCCUUGAUCACGGAGAUAAUGUCUCGAUUCCAAUCAGUAGCUCGUGGUUUCACCCAGCGCCGUAUCGCCUACAAGCGCUUGUACCGAGCCGAAGCGACUCGUGUCAUCCAGAGAAACUUCCAGGUCUACCUGGAUCUGUGCGAGAAUCCCUGGUGGCAACUUCUUAUCAAGAUGAAGCCCUUGCUUGGAGCAACUCGCACAGCCACAGAGGUCAAGCGCAGAGAUGAGAUGAUCCGACAACUCAACGACAAGAUGAAGCAAGAGGCUGCUGACCGCCAGAAGCUUGAAGACGAGAGACGAAACGUUCACAUGGAAAUGAUGAGAAUACAGCAGACUCUCGAGAGCGAGCGGUCACUGGCCCUCGAUAAGGAGGAGAUCUUCAAACGGUUACAGUCACGUGAAGCCGAGCUGGAGGACAAGCUCGCUGGGGCAAUAGAAGACCAGGAGCGCCUGGAAGAUCAACUCGACGACUUGCUUGACGCCAAAAAGAAGGCCGAGGAUGAUGUUGAGAAAUACCGGUCCCAACUAGAGCAGGCCGCCGGAUUGAUCGCCCGCCUUGAAGCGGAGAAGACACAACUCGCCGACCGCGUCUCCGAGCUUGAGGCUGCCAUCUCUGAGAUCUCUCAAAAGCAGUCCGAGAGAAGUGAGCAAGAAGCGGCUCUCGAGGACGAGAUCAAAAUGCUACAAAGCCAGCUAUCUCUCAAAGACCGCAAAGCUCGCGAUCUAGAAGGCAAGCUUCUGCGCAUCGAUCAGGACGCUGAGGUGAAGCUCGUAGCAGCACAAAAGGAGCUGCAGUCGAUCAAGUCGAGAGAACAGAAGCUGCUCGCUGAGAACCGAGACGUUCAACAGCAACUAUCAAAGUUGUCGCAAACCUCAACAGACUACGAAGACCUGGUCCGCAAGAAGGAGAGUGAACUAUCGCUCUUGCGAAGCGACAACAAGCGGUAUGAGGCCGAGCGGCAUGCUUUCGAGGAGCAGAAGAAAUCUCUCGGCGCCGAAAAAGAGAAAUCUGUUACUCGCCUGCGAGAGGUUCAGGCCGAAAUCGUCGCACUGAAGUCUGAACAGUCGCAGCUUCAGCGUGAGGCCCAGGAUGCCAAGCAGCUCUUACAGGCUCGACUCUCAGAGGAUGCUCAAGCAGAUCAGAACCGCCAAGUACUCGAGUCCCAGAUCAAGGACCUCAAAGACCAGCUAUAUAAAACACAGAUGGAAUUGAGCAGAGAGCGGCAGUCACGGGAUGACGUCCUGCUGCUCGGCGAACACAAGUAUCAAACCCUCAAGGAUGAGUUCGACCAUCUCAAUGAGUCCAAGAUCACUAUCGAGAAGGAGUUGUACGCUCAGCAGGAUACCCUUCGCCGGACAAUGGAAGCCAGGACUGCCGUCGAAGCAGAGCGGGAUGAGGCACGGCAAGAAAUUAGAAAGCUUCGAGUGGCUAAGUCUCAAGCCGAGGAAGCUCGACGUGAGGCAGAGGUCGCGGGAGAACGAGUGGCCACUAGAAUUGCCCGGGAGCGGGAAGACAGCUUGCUCAAGGAUCUCGAGGCUGCUCAAGAACGUCUGAAGUGGUUCGAGGAGGAGUGCGCCAAGCUCAAUCACCAGGUCGAGGACCUCAACAAGUUGAUCCUCUCAUCUGGAGACUUUGGUCUCAAGAACGAUCAGGCUAAGGAACGCUUGGAGCGAGAGCUUCACACCGUCAAGAGCCGGCUCUCGGCCUCGGAGAAUGACAAUCGCGCUUUGCUCAACAAGCUCCAACAGAAGGGCUUGGAAAUUGCUCGCUCGACAUCCAGGGCAAGCGAAGCAUCUCGCGGACAGCUCCAGGUUUUGCAACGCGAAAAGGCCAAGAUUGAAGAACAUAACACCAAGCUAAACAAGCAACUUGGCGAGUCCCAGAUCACCAUCGCGUCUCUGGAGAAGAAAGUAGAGAAGUUGCAACUUAAUCUGGAGGAUCUGAACCACGAGGUGGCUCGUGAGGUGAAGAGCAGCCGUAAUGCGGAGAAGGUCUCGUCAAACUUCACCGCGCAGUUGGCUGAGGCGAACCGCACGAUCGAGUCCGAGAAGCAGCUUCGGACACAGGCCCAGGGCACUGUCCGAACCCUUCAGGGUACUCUUGACUCUCGAGACAAGGAGCUAGUCCAGCUUCGAAAACAGCUUCUCGACGUGCUGAAGGUGGUCGAUCCGGACUCGUUGCCUGCAGUUCAGAGUGAUGGCAGCAAUGACCGACUUCUGAGCAAGAACUUUGAUCUGGCGCGCAAGGUCGAAGAGCUCCAACAGAAUCUCCGUGUGCAGACUGCGGGACGGACAAAUGCAGAGUCACAGCUUGCUGAGCUCCGAGCGCAGCGCCAGGACUCCCCGCAGCGGCCGCGUCUCGAAGAGAUCAGUGGCAACGAGGCGCAUUUCAGCGGUUCGCCCACUCAGCGAAAAGCCAAGGCAAAUGGCCGAGUCUACACGGCCAUGUCCACUCCUCCCCGUCCUCGCUUCAACAGUGUCGAGCCGGAAAUGCUCAACGGCUCUUACCGGACUGACAAGGUGAACGACUCCGGCUCUCACGCCGACCGUACGGCACUCAAGGCUGAGGUUGAGGACCUGCAAAACCAACUGCAGCUGGCACAGAUGCAGAACCGCCAACUGCAGAGCCAACUUGACCGCUCCACCCCGGCCCCAGAUGUGUUUUCUGACGAAUCCUCAUCUUUGCGUCGUGUUCAGAAACUUGAGCAGGCAAAUAGUCGACUUCAUGACCUCCUUGACGACUCCUCGAAGAAGUGCUCUGCCUUAGAGAAGGCGCUGCGCACUGGCGAACUCUCCCUGCGCGACAUUCAAACCAAAUCUCACGAGGAGAUCUUGGACUUGCUCAACAGCCAAGAAGACUCGCGCCGAUCCCUUCUCCACAGUCACAAAGAUGCAGUGGCAGAGCUGGCGGAUGUGAAGGAGCAUUACGAGAAGAUGCGACACGACCGCGCCAAGCUCGAGGUCGAUCUGCGUGACGCGAAAUCCGACCUGCAGGAGAUGAGUCUUGCUCGCGAGCAAGAGGCCACCAACCGUAAUCAGCUCCUGCAGGAGUUUGCAGAUCUCCAGAUUCGGCUGGACGCGGAGGCGUCUAAGCUAGCUGAUGUUACUGCAAGUCUCAACCUGUACAAGAGCAGGUCUGACGAGUACUUCAGCAAGCUAGAACAAGCCGAGAUUGCUGUCCUCAAGGCUUCUCGGGCUGAGCAGUUCGCCAAAACACAAGCCAAGGAAGCCGAGGACACAUGCGCUGAGAUUAUGUCUGAGCGCAAGAAGAUGGACUCGGCCCUGGAGGACCUGCAGCGUCAGAACCAGCGCCUAGAGGAGAGGGUUGAAGACAUGUCAACGGACCUCGAGGCUGCAACGCAAGCUAAGAAGCGCCUCCAGCACGAGCUCGAGGACUACCGGAACCAGCGGGCCAUGGACAUCGAGGAUAAGGAGUCGAGCAUGGAGCAGACCCGCAAGAAGUAUCAAGCCGAGUUUGCCACCAUCACCAAGGAGCUCGAUCUCGCUCGUGAGGAGAAGCUCUUCAAGCAGGCCGAGAUCACCCGUCUCCGAGAGGAGCUGGACGAGCUCCGAUCCAAGUGGGACGAUGAGGUCCUGAACAGCUCAACCUGGUCAAAGGAGAAGUCACGUCUCGAGGCAACGCUCUCUGAUGUAGUCUCAUCGCGCGAUGAGGCUGUCAACGCCCACAAUGAAGCGCAGAGCAAGAUCGUCAAUCUUCUCUCCCAAGUCAGAACUCUGCGCAGCUCGGUUGAUGAGAUCACAUCUGAGCGCGAUAGCCUUGUCCGUGAGAAGCGCAGCAUCGAAGCUCGCCUCGAAGAGGCCAAGGCCGGUCUUGACGAGCUUGCUAAGAGCGAGAGCCCAUCACUACGCAAUGCUGCGAACCUCGAUAAGGAGAUUCUCGACCUCCGGUCUAGCCUCGCCCAGCAGGAGGACAUCUCUGCCGCCGCUGUGGAGAAAAUGCGCCGUGCCGAGGCGCUGGUGUCGGAGAUGCAGAAGGACAUGGUCACCGAGCGCGACACGAGCGUGCAGCUGCAGAAGGAGAAAGCUGCUCUGGAGAAGUCACUGCAUGAAGUCCAGCUCCGGCUCGUCGAUCUGGAGACCAAGGGCUACUCCACGGCCAGUCAGGACAUCAAGUUCCUCCACAAGAGAAUUCAAGAGCUCGAAUCACAGCUCGAGGCACAGGAGAACGAGCGAUCCAAGUCGCAGAGGUCUGUGCGCAACGUCGACCGCAUCGUUAAAGACCUGCAGAGUCAGAUCGAGCGCAAGGACAAGCAGAACGGGCAGCUCCAGGACGACGUCGGCCGCAUGCGCGACAAGGUGGACAAGCUGCUCCAGACGAUCGACGAGCUGCAGUCGUCCGAGUCGAGCAACCAGCUGAGCGCGCGCCGGGCCGAGCGCGAGCUGCGCGAGGAGAAGGAGAAGAGCCUGCGGCUCGAGCGCGAGCUCGAAGGGUGGAAGAACCUGCGGAUGGAGAAGGGGUCGUCGGCCGGCAGCGUGGCGGGAAGCGUGGCGGGCAGCGUCGUGGGCUACGGCAGCAUGAGGAGGUCGGGCACGACGGCGACGUUUAGUAGCGCUGCGACGCUGGCGGGCAAGGACGAAGACGGCACGCCGGACAUCCCGAGGCGGAAGAGCAGCAUUGGCCGCACGAGGGCGCCGAGCUUGACCAAGGGGUUCCUGUGA